AUGUGGUCCCCUAACGUGAACAUCUUCCGGGACCCGCGGUGGGGCCGCGGCCAGGAGACCCCAGGAGAGGACCCCGCGGUGGCCAGCCGGUACGGCGCGGCCUUCGUCCGGGGCCUGCAGGGCAGCAGCAGCAACACCAAGUCCGUGCCGCCGGUGCUGCAGACCUCGGCUUGCUGCAAGCACGCAACGGCGUACGACCUGGAGGACUGGAAGGGCGUGUCGCGGUACAGCUUCAAGGCCACCGUGACGGUCCAGGACCUGGCGGACACCUUCAACCCGCCGUUCCGGAGCUGCGUGGUCGAUGGGAAGGCCAGCUGCGUCAUGUGCGCCUACACGGUCGUCAAUGGCGUGCCGUCCUGCGCCAACGCCGACCUGCUCACCAAGACCUUCAGGGGGAUCUGGGGACUCGACGGGUAUGUCGCCGCGGACUGCGACGCGGUGGCCAUCAUGCGCAACUCACAGUUCUAUCGCCCGACGGCGGAGGACACCGUCGCGGCCACGCUCAAAGCCGGAUUGGACAUUGACUGCGGUCCCUACAUCCAGCAGUACGCCAUGGCCGCGAUCCAGAAGGGGAAGCUGACGCAGCAGGACGUAGACAAGGCCGUCAAGAACCUCUUCACCACCCGCAUGCGGCUGGGGCACUUCGACGGCGACCCCAAGACCAACGUGUACGGCAACCUCGGAGCCGCCCACAUCUGCACGCAGGAGCACAAGAACCUAGCGCUCGAGGCGGCUCUGGACGGCAUUGUCUUACUCAAGAACAGCGCGGGCGUCCUCCCUCUCAAACGAGGGGCGGUCAACUCUGCCGCCGUCAUCGGCCACAACGCCAACGACGUUCUCGCCCUCAUCGGCAACUACUGGGGCCCACCGUGCGCGCCGACCACGCCUCUCCAGGGGAUCCAGGGCUACGUCAAGAACGUCAAGUUCCUGGCCGGGUGCAACAAGGCGGCCUGCAACGUCGCCGCGACGCCCCAGGCGACCGCGCUGGCGAGCUCGUCGGAUGCCGUCAUCCUGUUCAUGGGACUGAGCCAGGAGCAGGAGAGCGAAGGGAAGGACAGGACGACACUUCUCCUUCCGGGUAACCAGCAGAGCUUGAUCACCGCUGUCGCCAACGCAGCGAAUCGGCCAGUGAUCUUGGUGCUCCUCACUGGCGGCCCGGUGGACAUCACGUUCGCCCAGGCGAACCCCAAGAUCGGCGCCAUCCUGUGGGCCGGCUACCCUGGCCAGGCUGGCGGCCUCGCCAUUGCCAAAGUCCUCUUCGGUGAGAAGAACCCCAGUGGGAAGCUGCCGAACACGUGGUACCCGGAGGAGUUCACGAGGAUCCCCAUGACGGACAUGCGGAUGCGCGCCGCGGGCGGCUACCCCGGCCGGACUUACCGGUUCUACAAUGGCAAGACCAUCUAUAAGUUCGGCUACGGCCUCAGCUACUCCAAGUUCUCUCACAGGGUAGUCACCGGCCGCAAGAACCCGGCACACAACACGAGCCUACUCGCUGCCCCUGGCCUCGCAGCGACGACCGAGGACAACUUGAGCUACCACGUCGACUACAUCGGUGACGAGGUGUGCGAUCAGCUCAAGUUCUUGGCGGUGGUCAAGGUGCAGAAUCACGGGCCAAUGGAUGGGAAGCACACGGCGCUCAUGUUCCUCCGGUGGCCGAACGCGACCGACGGCCGACCAACGAGGCAGCUGAUCGGGUUCCAGAGCCAGCACAUCAAGGCAGGGGAGAAGGUGAACCUGAGGUUUGAGGUGAGCCCGUGUGAGCAUUUCAGCCGGGUGAGGGAGGACGGCAGAAAGCUGAUCGAUAAAGGGUCACAUUUCCUCAAGGCUGGCAAGCAUGAGCUGGAGAUUAGUUUUGGGGCAUGA